AAAGAAAAAGAUCAAAAUGAUCCAGGCCGAGGUGUAGAUGCAUGCAAAUGGGAACUUGUAUUAGACGAAUAGUAAAAAGUAAGUGCUUGAUAACUUAAACAGGGUUUAGGGUAAUCAGCCGGUGCUCUGGUUGCGGCGCGUGAAGCUUUAGCAUCGACCGGUAUAAGACUUUCGGUGUGCUUGUCGGGUUUUGUUCAGUGGCCGAAAUUCCCAGUCCCACCCAAUAGGCAUGAUAUACGGCCCGGGGAAUUUGUAUCGCGGGCGGGGUACAAGCAUCACUGUUAGCCGCCUCUACUAGAAUAGUACGCGUGGUCGAGCUCUAGUUCAUGAAAAAGUCGGCUGCACUCUUAAAGUUCCGACACGCCAAACCCCAUGCUAUGCUAUAAAACUAUCUGAUCUGAUCUGACUCCUUACUUCAAGCAGCGACCGAGUAGUAGAAAUAUUAGUAUUACGAAAAAGAAGUGGCGAUGAGAGUGAGCUUUUUUCAUUUGUGGUGAUAGGGGCUUCAUCUACAAGGUCACGUCAUUUCCUAUUUGUUUGCUCUAUUUUCAGUCUGUCACUGUCACCUUGACACAAGCUCCAACAAGAAUCCCCGCUUGAUGUUUAAAAGCUUCAUAAACAACAAAAACAAAAUGUCUUCCUCUUCUAUGGUGUUCUCAAUUAUUACAUUCUCAGCUGUUGCAUGCAUUUGCGAUGCAACAGUGGCAAAAGUGAAAGGAAGGACCUUGCGCGUCUUGCAUGACAGAUUUGGCGCAGAUUCUCAGCCUGUUUGGCCGUCUGAGAAUUUGUCAUGCGAAGCGGCUUGAUGGCGUCGAUAGUCAAGGCAAUUCUGCAUGACAGAUCAUGCAACGCUUGAGAAUGUAACAGUUGAGAACGCCAUAUCUUCCAUCCACUACAACGCCGCCCUGGCGCAGGCGGCCCGGACCCAAUGGUUUCGGAACCGGAAGUAUCAAAUGCAAAAAGGUCGUCUGGGUCGACGUCUGGAUCUGAUGCAAAAUAAAUCUGUGUUGCAUGAUUAGCAAAAGUUGUCCAGUGCUGGCAGUUUCUCAUGCCGGACGAGAAGCAUGAUACAGAUCUGCACAAUGCAGAAUCUGUCAUGUUAGACCCUGUAUGCCAAAAAUAAUCUGUAUGGGCCAUUAUUAUACGACAACAAGAAACCACCUUGCAUGCUAGCUUUGCACCCUACUUGUUCCAGAGAACCACCUCCAGACAUAUUAUUGCAUUCGAUAGGAAAGAUAUCCCGAUCGGCACCGAGGCCGUUACCCGGAGUAACAAAAAUCCGGAUCAGGACAAGAAGAUGAAUAAAGAGCUGAACAUAUCCCGAGUAAAAACGUCCCCACACCAGAGUCAAGAUGGGAAAUUUGCUAGACAAAUCAGCCAGCUUUGGUUGUUUCGCAUGACAGAUUUUUCCUCGUAGUGUGAUUCUGUUUAGGUAGUUCAGAAGCAUCACAGAUCUAGCACAUCAUGCUGAUUAUAGCAUCACAAAUCCCACAACACAGCUAGAAAGUGCCUCUCAUGGCGCUCCGCAUGAGAAACUUUUUUGGCAUGCGUAUUUGCAUGAGAACUCUGGGGUGGGGACGCUUUUGCAAAGGAUAGAACAACCUUCCGCAGGUGACCAUGGACGCGGAGGAAGUGUACGCGAAGACGCCGGGCGCGCGGAUCAUAUCCUGUGCAAAAGUAUCGCAGUCGUAGUAAUUAUCGCAGUCAUGCAUUACAAAUCUCCUUCUUAACCUAACAAAAUCCGCAUUACAAAUUCCAUUUCUCAUGCUGGGGGGAUUUGUCAUGCGAUUUCUACGUACUAGUGCGAUACUUGUGCACUGCAUAGAUCAAGUGGAUUGACAAGUGUUUGAAACUCGCGAGUUUAGACCGGUUGAACCUGCAGGAUGCCUUCUACCACAUCGUCGUCCACCGCUCUUUCCUGCAAAACUGCAACGAGCCGCAGGAGAAGGCGAUCUUGCUGAAACUUCUGCGCAACGUGAAGUAUUUCUCGGCGAAACAGGCGUCUUUUUUACAAUCCGAACAGUUCAAGUUGUACAGUUUACACGGGGAAAUUUGGGAGGAGGAACAGCGGGGGAAGAUGAAAAAAGAUAAUACUGGAAAAAGUAUUAAAAUUAAACGCUGUAAUAGUGAUUCGGAGAAUUCCUCGGAUGAAGACAGCUCGGCGGAGAACUACGACGACUCGGACUCAUCCGUAGAUAAUCAACGUGGUAGAACUGCAAAGAAGCGCGGCCAGCACCAGCUGAACAAGAACACAAAUGAGAAAAAAACUACGAACGACCGCCGCAGGGAACGCAGUGAAUCUUCUGAUGUGGUGAAUAACCGAAGCGACAGCAGUGUAGAUAGUCGGCGAAGUAGUGGUGCGGGCCGUGGAACGAAGCAUCGGUCUGGACGGGAUCAUGGCGGCAGGAACGACAGCCGGGGGAAUGAUAAAAAAUCUCGCCGAGAUGUGGAGAGAGAACAUCGCGGUGGCGGGCGUGGUCGAAGCAGAAGCCGGAGCCGGGGAAAUAACAGGGGACACAACUCGAGAGACGAUCGAGGCGGACGACGGGACAAGAACAAACGGCAAGAGGACGAUUCCCGGCGACACAACAGACGACGAUAGAUUGAUACAAGGGUCUUCUAUUUCUGAUGAUUUCUUAGAUGGUGGUGAUGGAGGUGCUCCUCUAAUGGCUCCAUCAUGUGACUUUUCGCCACGACCCAAGCUGUUCUAUCGACGGACACACAGAACACAUAAGAUAAAACCCGAACGACAUUCGACAUCACAGAAAGGAUGAAAAUGGAACUCGUCUGAAUUUUUUCACCCACGAUAUUUGUCUCAUGAUGUUGGAGAACAAAGACUUAAUAAAAGAAACACCGACCAUCAGAUCACCUUGACAACAUUGCGUAUCACUUCAACACCGAG